GUUUCGUCGACAGAAACCAAGUAGCUUUCCUGCAGUAAUAGUAACGCGGUUUUCGAGUCCGAAUUAAGGCAAGAUGUCAGCAUACAAGUACAUAAUCGGUCUGACUGUUCUGGUCGCCGCUCUAUUGACCAUCACCACUGUACCCUCUGCCAAUGGAGCUAUCUCUUCCUAUGCUGACAAUAAUAAGUCGCACCAUCUGAUCGUCGGCUACAGGAUGCCUGGUGACAGGAUUGUCCUCAGAGAGAACAUCAUCAAGAAUUCUAGCUGGAUGAAGAUUCAAAUUAUUGAAAGGACCUUCAAUAUUUCGAGGUACGAACGUAUCACCUACAUUGAAGCAUUGGAUCAGAAGACGAACGGAAACGGCGCACACUGUAGUAUUUUGAAUGGUGGACCUGGACACAGCAACGUCACCUUGAGAUGGAAAAGUCUGAGAGGUCAUAGCAUUAAUUUCGCCCUUAAUGUGUAUGGACGACCUUAAUUAGCCACAGUGAAAGCAGCUACUUCUAUGACUGAUACGAUUUCUGGAUACAAUUACGAUGAAGAGAAGUAAAAUAAACAAUUUUAAAGCUACACCAAUCUAAUACAUUCUGAGCUAUUUAUUAUACCAACACUAUCACUAUUGCAUUGCCGUUGAGAAAAAGAUAUGUUACUGAAUAUUUUGGUUAUUCGCUUUUAAGUCUUGUACAUGUCAUCAAUAAAUCAAUGUAACUGAUAUAA